CGUCAACUCCGGCUCCCGCGCGAGAUCGAGCUAGCGUUUGGGGUUCUCGAGACCGGCUGCCAUGGCGACAGAGCAAGAGGCGGAGAACUACACGGUGGAGGACCUUGUGGCCCUGAAUCCGUACAACCCCGACAUCCUCAACGACCUUGAGAAGUUCGUCAACGAGCAAGUUGCGUCUCAAACAUAUAACUUGGAUGCAAAUCUCAGCCUUCUUCGCCUGUACCAGUUUGAGCCAGGAAGGAUGAGCAUACAUAUUGUGGCCCACAUACUGAUCAAGGCUCUCAUGGCAAUGCCGGCCCCUGACUUCAGUCUUUGCUUAUUCUUAAUUCCUGAACAUGUGGUAUGAAAAAUUACAUCCUGCACUUUUAGUUCAAUAGUAUCAGAGGUGCUGUGUAGACCUGCAAUACAGUGUGUUUAAUUGAGGCUUGUGUGUGAUUAAUGUGCACAAUAUCCAAUAUUUAUAAAUAUUUGGUAAAGAAGCCCCCACAUCCAUGCUUGAAUAUAUAUUGUGCUCUGCGAGUUUGAAAAUUUGCAGGAAGCAGACUAGUCUCGCAAAUGUCACAGAUGCAGAGAUUCCAUACAGGAGCUGUCCUGUUGCCUUUACAUUUUUUGGCUGCAUUAUUUUGUCAGCAUGUUUAGUCUACUUGUCUGUGUCUUUGUUUCAGCAAAUGGAAGAGCAAUUCAAGGCAUUGAUAGUUCUUUCUCACUAUCUAGAGACUGCUAGGUUCAGGCAGUUUUGGGAUGACGCAGCAAACAACCGCCACAUAUUGGAAGCAGUUCCAGGUUUUGAGCAGGCAAUCCAAUCCUAUGCAAUUCAUGUACUUUCCUUGACAUACCAGAAAGUUCCAAGGCAUAUUCUUGCAGAGGCAAUCAACAUUGAAGGUCUCGCUUUGGACAAGUUUCUUGAGUACCAUGCUGCGAACUCAGGUUGGGUAAUUGAGAAGGGUGGGCAGUCUCAAGUGAUUGUUCUUCCACGCAAUGAGUUCAAUCACCCCCAGCUCAAGAAGAACACAGCUGAUACCGUUCCAUUUGAGCACCUAACACGCAUAUUCCCUGUUCUUAGCUGAUUCAGGCGUAGUGAGAGAUAUACAAUAGAACUCAGAGCGAGUGAAGCUUCUCUAAGCAAUUGUAUCAUCUCCUUUGUGGUAUACCGUAUUUUAAGAUCUCGGUAUACCUGUUCUUUUUUAUGGCUGAAUUGGUACCUGCAACUUGGUUUUUACUAUAACGAAAUGACCAGUUAUGAGAUUGGUCGGCCCU